ACGAAUCUAAUAAGAUCUCACAUGACUAUAUUUUUACAUAGCUAUAAAUCAUCAAAGCCAGUCAAAGUGGAGCACAUGAAUAAUAUAAAAGUCAAACUGUUGCAAUUAUAAAAAAAAAAAAAACCCGGAGAAAGUAAGUAUUAAAAAAACUGAAAACCUUUUAUUACCAACGGCCCAAGACUGAUUAUACGUAGUAGGCUUGUAGCCCAAGCAUUUUGCAAGUUACGUGCCAACGACCCAACGUCAUCAAAUUCAAAGUUGGCCCGUGAAUUUAUAUGGUAUUGAAAAGAAAAAAAAUAAAGAAAGUAUAAAGAUUACGAGUAGGAAUAUGAAUAAUCCCGGUCUCCUAAGUUAAAUCCCUCUCUCUCCUCUCUUGGUGUUCCUCCGCUUACUUGGAUCUACGAACCCUAAUAAAGUUGAGAGUUGUUCCCCAAUUUCCCAAUUUCACCCACCACCUCAGAAUUUGAAUCAAAGAAGAAGUAAGAGAUGGACGAUAGCUGUGCUGUUUGUGCCGAUACCCUAGAAUGGGUUGCUUACGGGCCUUGCGGUCAUCGAGAGGUCUGCUCUACUUGCGUCGCUCGCCUUCGAUUUAUCUGCGAUGAUCAACGCUGCUGUAUUUGCAAAUCCGACUGCACUCGCGUCUUUGUUACCAAGGCUAUGGGUGAUUACACUCGAAUGGUGAAUGACUUUUCGAAGUUGCCGUCGCAAGUGAAGGAAGGUCAAGUGGGUUCUUACUGGUAUCAUGAAGACACUCAAUCCUUCUUCGACGAUGCCGAGCAGUACAAGAUGAUCAGGGCUAUGUGCAGGCUUUCUUGUAGUCUUUGUGACAAAGAGGAACAACAACCUCCGCAGCCGCAGCCGCAGCCGCAGCAAGGUGGUGGGUAUAGGAAGAGGCAGAGGUUCAGAAAUAUUGGCCAGCUUAAGUCUCACUUAUCUCACCAACAUCGCCUCUUCAUGUGCGACCUCUGUUUAGAAGGCAGGAAGGUAUUUAUUUGCGAGCAAAAGCUCUACACUAGAGCACAGUUGAAUCAGCAUAAGAGAACAGGCGACUCAGAGGUAGAUGGCACAGAAAGUGAAAGGGGAGGUUUUGCUGGGCAUCCUAUGUGUGAAUUUUGUCGAACUUCGUUCUAUGGAGAGAAUGAACUGUAUUCUCAUAUGUCAACUGAACACUACACCUGUCAUAUUUGUCAAAGGCAACAUCCUGGUCAAUAUGAUUAUUUUAAGGAUUAUGAUGACUUGGAGACCCACUUUCGUCAUGACCAUUUCUUGUGUGAAGAUGAAGCAUGCCUUACGAAAAAGUUCAUUGUCUUCCAAUCAGAAGCUGAGAUAAAGAGACAUAAUGCAAUGGAACAUGGAGGUCGCAUGUCUAGAUCAAAGCGUAAUGCUGUUCUCCAGAUACCAACUAGUUUUAGAUAUCGAAGCAGUAAUGAAGCGGGACAUCAGCGUGGACGGCGACGGUCUUUCCGCCGUGAAUCUUCUCCAGACAAUGAGCUUAGUCGGGCUAUUGAGGCCAGUCUUGAUAGAACUAAUGCCAGUGAUUCAGUGGCUGGUUCAUCAGCAUCAUCUACUGCUGAACCUUUAGUUCGUGCUGGUACAGAAUCAAGUGACAUUGACCCUCUUGUUCAGCCGUUCGACUCGCUAAGCACUACUGAUUCCGAACCAUCUUCAAGAUAUCGUCAGGCUGUCUCUCUUACUUCAGCUGAUGCUUCUCUAGGUGUAUCUUCAUUCCCUCCUUUGUCAACUGCACCCAGCAGCAGCCAACAAAAAUCUCAUGAAUCCCAUGAUACUAUGGCAGCUCGUCUACGUCGUAAAAACAAGACCAAUGUUCUUAACGUUGCCCAGCCUAGGUUAGCUAAUAGUCGUGGUCCUGGUUCAGCUUCUUCAUCUGCUUGGCCUGCUCCUGCUCCUGCUCUCACUCCUGCUCCUGUUCCUGUUCCCGUUCUAUCUUCUGGCUCUAGUCAAGUCAAGCCAGGCAACAGUUCUGGGUCGUCUAGUUAUGCUAGUUCUUUGCAUGGCCGGCCAGUGACAGAAUCUGGCCUCGCUGUGGGUGGUUCUUGGGGUUCAAGAAGCUUAGGUAGUGGCAAUCGGUUGAGUCACUCUAACUCUGCUCCUAAUCUCAUUGAAAGUAAAUCUUUUGAUCCAGUAUCUGAUUUUCCGCCAGUGUCAGCAGCUCAACCCAGCAGGUUGCAAUCUACUGCCCAAAGGCCCCAAGCUAAGAAGACAGAGGAUGUCCAAACUUCAAAUAAGUCUUUGGUAGAGAGGAUGCGAGCUGCACUUGAUUAUGAUGAAAACAAAUAUAGCGCUUUUAAGGAAAUCUCUCAAGAGUAUCGCCAAGGCUUAAUUGACACAUGGGAAUAUAUUCAAUAUGUGAAGCAGUUUGACUUGACACACCUUAUUCCUGACAUGGCUAGAUUAUGCCCAGAUAUUCGAAAGCAAAAGGAACUCUUUGAGGCCUAUAAUGCUAUAUGUCAGAGUGAUGGAUCACAGGAGACAUUUUGGGGCAAUGACAACCUUCAGUUAAAAGGAAGCAGUAGCUCAAGGAAGGAUAAAGGAAAGAAGGUGAAUGAUGUUCAGAAUAGUCGCUCAAAGGAGACAUUAGCAGAUAGUGUCAUCAGUACUGUGAAGAGUUUGCAGACUCAGUUCAAGCCUUCUGAAGGAGAGGCAGAGGUAUUGGAAAAGGAUGGCUAUCGUCCUAGCAGAGGGAAGUCAACUAUAGCAGUGACUGGUAAGCCAGUUGUAAUGCGUGGCAAUAUCCUGCCAGGGGCACAAGGGGCUAGAAGUACAGCUGGUCACACUUCAGUAGAUGGAGGAAGCAAGCAGAAAAAGAAGAGCUCAAAAUUCCACAGAAUUCGCCUUGGUGAUGACUAUAGUACAGCAGCUAUAGAUGUCAACAAUUCUUCUACUGAUCCUAGUACAGAAGGGUCAUCUGCACACAGUGUUUGGCGCAACGGAGCUGGUCAAAGACUUUUUACAAAAUGAUGAUGGUUUUGAGCCUUUUGGCUAAUUUUUUUGAGAUUUGGUUAAGUAUUGAGGGAGAAGCGUCUCAAUUCCCUUCCAUGCACUGAUCGUUUGCAUGAAAUUAUUUUGGCCUCUUGUGCAGCAUGUUGUGUUUUGGUUUUUGAAGAUAUAAUUUACGUUGAGUUGAAACAAGCUCAUUAACGACUUAACGCCCAUCAUGGCGUCAUGAUAUGACAAUUGUCUAUACAAAAUUUAUACAUUGGAUAGAAAGAAAUUUAUUUAUCCCAAUUCUUAUUGGUGUGCUUGUGUUU